AUGUCAAGAUCUCCGUCAUUAGGUUCAAGAUCAUACAACUCGGUGCUUGAUUUCAAAUCGGGAUCAGCAGGUGUAGGGGGAGCAGGUGUAAGCCCGUUGAACUCGCCAUCGCUGUCGUCAGAACUGGGCAAGUCCCAGCAAGGUUGGAUAAUACAAAAAUUUGGAGGAACGUCAGUUGGGAAGUUUUCUGAAGAGAUUGUAGAAAAGAUAGUCAAGGUAUUUAACCAACGGAAUAAGGUUGCUGUUGUGUGUUCUGCAAGAUCAUCAAAUACCAAACUGGAAGGAACCACAUCAAGGUUGAUUCGACUGGCUGACUUGGCUUCGAAUAAUUUAGAUUUUGAAACAGUAUUGGAAGUAAUUGAACAGGACCAUAUUGAGAAUUGUUGUAGUAAGAUCAACAGCAAAGCAAUUAGAAAACAAUUGGAAAGGGACAUCAAGUUUGAAAUUGAACAUGGCAGGGAGUUGCUCCAUGCGUGUCAAGUUAUUGGCGAAAUUAGUCCUCGUUCUCUUGAUUCUAUUAUGUCAAUGGGUGAGAAAUUGUCCUGCUUGUAUAUGACUGCGUUGAUGCAGGACCGUGAUUUGAAUGCAGUUUAUAUAAAUUUAUCCGAGUUGAUUCCCGUAAACUAUAAUUUCAAUAAUGGAUUUGAUGACGCUUUUUACCUGUUUAUUUCCGAGGAGAUUGAGAAAAGAAUACGCCAAGUUACUGAAAAUGAUGGAGGAGAAGAUGUCAUUCCUGUAAUCACGGGUUAUUUCGGGGUUGUGCCAGGUGGCUUGUUGAAUGGUGCAGGUAGGGGAUACACUGAUUUGUGUGCGGCACUAGCAGCAGUUGGAGUGCAAGCUGAAGAACUACAAAUCUGGAAAGAAGUUGAUGGUAUUUUUACCGCUGAUCCUAGAAAGGUGCCCAAUGCUCGGUUAUUAGAUAGUGUUACUCCCGAGGAAGCAGCAGAGUUGACAUACUAUGGUAGUGAGGUUAUCCAUCCUUUUACCAUGGAGCAAGUGAUCAAAGCCAAAAUACCGAUUAGAAUCAAGAACGUUGAAAAUCCCAAGGGUAAGGGAACUAUGAUUUAUCCCGACAAUAUAGCGAGACGAGGUGAGGAAACACCACCACAUCCACCAGCAGCCUACGAAACCUUGACAUCGAGUUAUAUAUCGCUGCACAAGAAACGAUCGGCAACAGCCAUAACUGCAAAACAGGACAUUGUAGUGAUAAAUAUUCACUCAAACAAAAAGACGUUGAGCCAUGGGUUCUUGGCGCAAGUAUUCAUUACACUAGAUAAGUAUAAACUUGUAGUUGAUUUGAUUUCCACUUCGGAAGUGCAUGUAUCAAUGGCCCUUUCUGUACAAAUUGAACAAGAAAUGCAGUUGAAAAACGCUAUACAAGAAUUGAAAAAGAUGGGAAGCGUUGAUGUAACUAAGAAGAUGACCAUUAUUUCACUUGUUGGGAAACAAAUGGUGAAUUUCAUUGGUAUUGCUGGAAAUAUGUUCAAAAUUCUAGCUGACGAGAGGAUCAAUAUUGAGAUGAUAAGUCAAGGUGCUAACGAAAUUAACAUCAGUGCCGUUAUCAAUGAAAAGGAUACGUUAAGAGCCUUAAGGGCGGUACAUGCCCAUCUAUUAGAGGGAAACCAUUUUUUUUAUGAGUCAGAGUGUGCUUCUGCCGUAGAUGUUAGACUAGAAGCUUUAAGGAUGCAAUAG